AUGGGUCGAAUCGAUUUCGCACGGGCGCGGAAGAGUGGACACAGGGUCAGGAAGGGCCACGAGGAGAAGGAGGAGGAGGAGGGAGAUGAAGUCGAGAACGAGGGCAGCCAGUGGAAGCGGCAAGAAGAGGACGAGGAGGAGACCGAGACCGUGGGAGGAUUCAAUGUCCAGGCCGUGAGAAUCAACCAAGACUCGGGCCUUUGA